UAUUAUUGCUUACUGUAAGAAUUAUGUUGCAUUUAUAUUAAUGAUUGUUAGUAGAGAACGGAAAUAUAUUUCUACAUUCUCUGUUGGAGACUGAUAAUAGUGCAGCUGGCAGAAAACGUCAAAUCUAGGAAUUCUCUGAUGUUAUUGAAAUAAAAGAAUCAAAACAAAAUAGGCGCAAAGAAAUGUCGAAUCCUAUAGCAUUCAUAACCGAAAAUUUAUGUUUAUAUUUAUUAGAAAAACCAAGCCUAUUUCCUGAUGUAAAUAUCCCAAAGAAAGCGACCAAUUUCAUACGCACACAUAAAGAAAAAUUAAAAGUACAAGGAGAAUUUAGCUUUCCUUGUCGUUCAGAACUAUGGAAUAACUGUUGUAAAGAAACAGGACACAAGCUGCGCUCAAUUGCAUUUGAUAUGUUUAAAGAUGAAGGAGAAGAUGUGUCUAUUAAUGCGCAAGAAAGAUUUCUUAAAACGGCCGCUACCUGGACAUUUCCAGUGGAACGGAUAAAAAUUGAUAAUGAACGAUGCUUUUUAUACCUGCAGCGACAAUCCGUAUUGACAACGUUACUUCAACAGGUUUUGAAAAAUGACAACACAAAUACCUUUGGGAAGUUGGAAAAAGACCCUAAACAAAGGGCAUAUUUUAGUCGUAUAAACCAAGUCGGAGAAGAAAUCGAAGAGCUGUCACUUUAUAGGGUUAAACUGUUAGAGGAUAUCCUCGGUCGGGUUUUUGAAUACUCGAAAUGGACCAUGAUAACAGAGGAAGAAAUAAUGGAAGUAAAACAAGGAAAAGGACAAGGUGUUUUGCAAGUACAAGUAAUUAGUACUGCUGGUAAGCCCUCUAUAAAUACAGUUGUUAUUCCUUCAAAUAUGCUGAGCUCUGCCACCAUUCGAUGUGGCAUAGUUAUUGACCCAAUUACUGGAAAAAUAACAAAGUUGAAAACCAAAGAGUAUCUAAGUUGUCGUUCUAAUGAUAUGUGCUUAAUGGCAAUGCAUAAGUAUGGCGUGCGAGUAAAAGACGAUACAAGAUUUAGUACAUUGAUGUCUCGAUUAGGUGCAGCAGCUGUUACUGUUGACUUAAUGGAAGUACGUUUUUCAAGUCCCGUACAAAUAAUCCGUAGCGGCAAAGGAAGUACAAAAGGUAAUAGUAGAAAAUAUAUGAAUCAAGGAAAUUUAUAUAUUUUGAGUACAAUAGGUGCUGCGUUUAUUUUGUAUAACUCUGCGCGUUUAGAGUCAUUGCUUCGCCGUUUUGAUGAGAAGGUAGAUAAUGGUGAUUACGAAGGUCUGCCGCCCCUAGAUAGUAUUGACUUCACUUUGCUCGAUGAAGAAGAGGAAUGGCAACUAGUGUUUUGUUAUAUAUUUGCCUUCCCGAACCUUAUUGAAAGUUGUCUGGAACAGAUACAAAAAGGAAUAUGUGCUGUUCAUACUAUCGUGAGAUUCCUUGGCGAUUUCGCUGCACUCUUUAGUGUAUACUACAGAAGAAUUCGAAUCUUAACUCAAGAAACGCGACAGCACUUAAUGCCUUACGUGUAUGCACGUAUAUAUCUGGUGAAAGCAGUUCGCGAAAUUCUUAAUAAAGCAUUGGCUCUGCUUGAUAUCGAACCCGUUCAUUUUAUGURAUCGAUUGUUAAAAUUUGUGUGUAGGUAAUA